UCUCACUAGAAAAAAAAAAUUAUAUAUUAUAUACAUAAAACAUUCGACCACUCUCCAGUAAGUGUCACAUUGAUUUCUUCAUCAUUAGCAAAAUGGCCUCCUUUUGGUUCCCCAUCAGCAUCAUGUAUUUCAUUGCCUCAUCACCAUUGCCAUCUUCUGCUUCAUAUUCUUCCGAUUCUCGUCUGAGUUCCAAUACCACGACCAUCUCGGCCUCAUCGGUUUCCAUGUCGGAUCCCCCGUUGUCCCCUUUCCAACCAUUAUCACCUGAUAUUGCUCCCUUAUUGCCAUCUCCUGGUGGACUGGUGCCAACAACUGGCACAUCCAUGCCCACCAUCCCUUCCACUCCUAGUCCACCGAACCCCGAUGACUUCAUUGUUCCUGGCCCCGACUCCGCUUUCCCGCCCUUCGGAGCCUUGCCGGCUUCCUCCUCGUCUCCGAGACUUUCUUCCCGGUCUUUACACUUAGCAGCAACUUUUCCGGUUCUGGUAGUUGUACCCUAUUGCUUAAUGCUGCUUGUUAUGGUACUGUAAAUUUAAUUCGUUGGUUAUCAAACUUUACUCUUUGAUUUUGCUCAUUUUCUUCAUUUUUUUCUUCUUCUGGCUCCACUACAUGAUUAUAAUGUAUCUAGCUACCUAUUGUAAUAAAAUCCGAGCGUUAGAGAUUUA